AUAGUAGUUUCGGCCGCGUGGAUGUGGCUCUGAACCGGGUGGCGGGGAACUCACCUUCCCAGCGACCCGUUUGACAGGGCGGGGCGCCUCACGAAGAUGGUGGCGCGCGCGGCGUGUGGCUCCUGUCGUCUUCUCCAGUCUCAACUCAGCGCACCGGCCAGCGUUUCGCUGGUUUGGAGUCCCCGCCCUCCGGGUCCCUGACCCCGCGCCCCCUUACCGUGUCCCCGACUGCUGGUUCCAGGAAUGCCUCGUGCUCGUAAGGGCAAUGCGCUCCGCAAGGGCGGUCAGCGCCGUGGAGGAGGUGCCAGGAGCAGUACCCAGGCAGACUCAGGUUCCAGUGAGGAUGAAGCAGCCAGUGAGGCCCGGAGUACCACCAGUGAAUGUCCCAGCCUGCUCAGUACCACUGCCGAGGACUGCCUGGGUGGGGAAGCUGUGGAUGAGCAGAGCCAGCAGGGAGACCUGGAGGAAAAGCUGAAGGACUCCGUGGACUGCCUCACUGAUAAGAGUGCCAAGACCCGGCAAGGAGCUCUGGAGAGCCUGCGCCUGGCCCUGGCCUCCCACCUGCUUCCUGACUUCUUGCUGGAACGCAGCCUCACACUGUCGGAUGCCCUGGAAAAGUGCCUUAAGAAAGGGAAGGGUGAAGAACAGGCCUUGGCUGCCGCAGUGCUAGGCCUGCUCUGUGUGCAGUUGGGCCCUGGACCCAAGGGCGAGGAGCUGUUCCAUAGCCUGCAGCCCCUGCUAAUCUCGGUGCUCAGUGACAGUACGGCAAGCCCCGCUGCCCGGCUCCAUUGUGCUUCUGCUCUCGGCUUGGGCUGCUACGUGGCUGCCACCGAUGUCCAGGACCUGGUCUCCUGCUUGGCCUGCUUGGAAAGUAUUUUCAGCUGGUCGUGUGGCACCAGUGACUCCACUGCUGCUCUGGUCCCUGCCAGCCUCCACGGCCUGCUCUGUGCUGCCCUGCAGGCCUGGGCAUUGCUGCUCACCAUCUGUCCCAGUACCCACAUCAACCACAUCCUUGACAGGCAGCUGCCCCGGCUGCCGCAGCUCUUGUCCAGUGAGAGUGUGAACCUGCGGAUUGCUGCUGGGGAAGCCAUCGCACUGCUCUUUGAGCUGGCCCGGGACCUUGAGGAGGACUUUGUGUAUGAGGACAUGGAGGCUCUCUGUGAUUCCCUGCGGACUCUAGCCACUGACAGCAAUAAGUACCGUGCCAAGAUUGACCGUCGACGCCAGCGCUCCAUUUUCCGAGCUGUGCUGCACUUUGUUGAGGGUGGUGAAUGUGAGGAGGAAACGAUCCGCUUUGGACUGGAAGUGCUCUGCAUAGACAGCUGGGCUCGCCACCGCAUCUACACAGCCUUCAAGGAUGUGUUGGGCUCUGGCAUGCACUAUCACCUCCAGAACAACGGGCUUCUCCGGGACAUCUUUGGCCUGGGUCCUGUGCUGGUGCUGGAUGCCGCCGCCCUGAAGGCCUGCAAGAUUUCUCGUUUUGAAAAGGUUUGCAUCUUGGGCACCUUUAUCGUGUCUGCUGUUCUCUGGAGGCCUCGAGCUGUGAGUGGGCUACAGGAGGAGCCCCAGCUUUCCCUUCUCAGUUCACCAGGCUCCCUCCUUUGCCUCUCCCUCAGCACCUGUACAAUGCUGCAGCCUUCAAAGCCCGGACCAAGGCCCGGAAUCGUGCGAGGGACAAGCGGGCAGAUGUCUUGUGAAGCAGACUGGCCAAUGAGAAGGCUACCCGUACCCUUACCAUAUUUUUAACAGAAGACAGUGCAAGAACUGGUCCCCGCCAGUGACUGUCACUUUAUUUUAUUUUUUUUUUUAAACGAUGAAACCAAAAAUAGACAAAUGUGGGAAGGCCUGGGAUCAGGACACUUCAGACUCUGGCCCUUUGUAUCUGCACUCAGCCCUGUGACUCUGGCCUCAUCCUGCCCUGUCUCAGGUAAAAUCAAAUGUACGCCAGUCCCAGAGCUGAGGGGCAGGUGAGAAAGGACUGUCCCUUUCCUUUUUUAGACCUUGCCCCUGGGGCCACUUCCUUUGGGGGUCUGGCGCCUGUCCACCGUGGCAUAAGGUGGGCAAAGCUGCCUAGAUUGGAUGCGUGUGCUGGUUUUUAAAAACAAGAGAAUUAAACAGUACUUACUCCCCGA